UUAUAGAAACCCUUGUAGGAGCGGUGAGAAUCUCCUAAAAAUUCAUAGCAAGUCCUCCAAGGAGGCACACAAACCAUCUUUACAUAGGUAGGAUGAAGCCUUAUACAGAUUCGGUGAAUCCUACGACUUAGAUCGGGGUCCUUGUCACUCAUUCAUUUCUUAAGACGUGUUGGUAGGUCAAGGCCACUCUUAUAUAUUAGAACUAGUAUAUAACCUAGGGUCCCUCGACUGUUAUUGGAUGGGGGACAUUUUGUAGGUUCCUGGAUAAAAAUCGUGAAUUUGAGUCCUUGAUCGUAAUGAGUUUUCAUGGUAAAACAAAAAAUUUAUUUUCAGAGACCCUUAAUUGAUGCCCAAAACAAAAUAAAAAUUAGUGUUGUUGGCAAGGAGCAACAAAAUCAGACCGAAUAUUAAAGUGAAAGUACUAGUGGUCCAUGGUUAAUCAUUUUAAACUACUAGUGAAUCAUCUAUAGAACCCCUCGCGUUUACCUGAUUUCUUUCCUCUCGUAUCCUACUCACCCCUAUAAUGGUCCCCAAUGCCAUGAUCCGGCCAUUAAUAUUGUGUCUCCCAUUAUUUUUUUGUUGAAUUUUACUUUUUGGAGAUGAGGGAGUAAUUAAAAAUAAUUAUGUUUCACAUUUUGUAAUUGUCAUGUCUUAAACUUGACGAUCAAAUUAAGAUUGUUGACUACCACAUAAGAUUUUUAGUAGAACGAGACAAAGAGUGACCAGUAUCGAAAUAAAAUUGUAAAAUUACUGACAACCUAUUAUAAUAAAAUAUUUUAGUGUGAACCCCAAGGGUUGGCCAAGUCGUAAUGUGCAAAUGAGAGCAUCCUAUGUUCGAAUCUCGAGGCCAAUAUCCAACAAUUUUUGUGUGUGUAAAAUAUAAAUAAAAUGACAUCACUCGAGAAUAGUUGCUUGUUGUUUUAUAGGCCAAAAUUAAGGUGCUAGGCUGCAAAUACUUGAAACCUUUGGUAAGGUGCCAAACAAUUGUGCACAAAUCAUGAGAGCAACCAAUUGGUUUAACCCAUUUUAAAUUUGCGCGGUAACCCGAGAAACCAGGGGAGAGAGAAUGUAAUAGAAAAUUUAUGAAAGAUUGAGAGAAGAAGAGCCGGCGGUUAGAAAAUCGUGACAUCCUCCAAAUCAUAGUUGUGGAUGAGAAGGGAAGGGGAACCCAUGGAUGAGCAAAUAAUUAACAAACGAAAAACUGAAAUAGAGAAAAAAAAAAAGAGGCAAUAGAAAGAAACAUAGAUAGGGUGGUGGAGUGAAUGAAACAACAAGAAACAAACUUCAUCACCACCAUUGACAGAAACCCACAACAACAAAUUUCUUCCUUCCUUAUGUUUUCUGCCAUCUCUUCUAUUAUGGUUGGCAAAUUUCCGACUCUGCAUUCUUUGUUUUUUGUAAGAAAUGACGAAGUCGAAGAAUGAAAAUUAAGAGAUAAUUUCAUGUUACAUGUUUGAUAAUUUGCUCCUGAAAAGAAGUGGUUUUUGGGGGCAAAAAGAGAAUAGAAGACGACCAUAGCUACAGCGUGUAAAGAGCAAUUUAGGAAUAGCACGACGAGUACUCAACGAGUAUAUACAAUGUCAAACUCGGCGAAGAUGCCGAGUUUUAAACGACAUUUCUCAGUGGUAGUCAAGGCGGAUAAUUCCACAGAUGAUGGUUCAGAAACUACCACCGUUUCCCCUCCUCCGCCAGCUGAUGGCUCCACGUCAUCUUCCGGUGAUGAAGGAUCCGAUUCGGGUUCGAAUGCCUCUCCUCCCAAUAACACCAACAAUAACGGCAACAAUAAUAAAAAUAGUAACAAAACUAGCAACACUUCACCGCCACCACCACCUGGAUCAAAUUCUGGCAAUAAUCAAGGAUCUGCAGUGGCUCCAGAUAACUCCGAAACACCACCAGCAUCACCACCCCCUCCGCCACCAUCAUCUUCGUCAUCAAAAUCACCGCCGGCAAAAUCGUCUCCCCCUCCGCAAAAAUCUGGGUCUAAUUCUCCAACCCCUUCUCCUCCUCUGCCAACUUCCAACUCAGGAAACCAGUCGCCUCCGCCGUCAACUAGUCAGAAAUAUCCACAAACCAGUGAGAAAUCACCACCUCCACAAUCAAAGGAUAAACCCAGUCCAGUGACACCUUCCAACGACGACUCUCCACCUGCUCCGAGGACACAAACAACUGCACCAUCACCGCUAAAUUCUGCAGGGUUCCAUCCUCCCCCAACAAUUGAAUCCCCAUCAGGUCAGUAUGGCUCCGAAAAUGGCCCUUCAACUCACGGAAAUAUGCGUUCCUCUUCAUCAACCCAAGCUGGUUCGCUUGAUUCGUCUUCCAAUUCAAAAGCAGUGGAAAAUUCAGGGAACACAGGUUAUGGGCACGAACAUGGGAAUUCGGCCACGACGGCUAUAAUUGUCGCAAGCACAGUGGUGGUGAGCGUAAUACUCAUCGCAUUGAUAGCAGUCAUCAUCGUUACUCGGAAGAAGAAUAAGAGACACCAUGGCCCUCCUUAUGCUCCUCCUUACAUGACUCCCCCCAAUAAUUUCUCUUCAAUGCAACAAUCGGACCCAUACUACUACGGACAAGGAGGUGCUCCACAUUCAAUGGGUUACUCUAGCCAAAAUAACUCUUAUGGGUCACAACAACAUUCAGGGGCGUCUGGGAACGGGGGAAGCCAGAGAGGGAUGAGCUCCGGGCCAGAUUCUGGGCUUAUUGGAGGAGGGAAGUCCUUCUUCAGCUAUGAAGAUGUUAUGGAAAUGACGCGUGGAUUUGCUCGUGAGAACAUAAUCGGGGAAGGUGGGUUCGGAUGUGUAUUCAAAGGGUGGCAGCCUGAUGGGAAAAUGGUGGCUGUGAAGCAGCUCAAAGCAGGAAGUGGACAAGGAGAUCGAGAAUUCAAGGCCGAGGUUGAGAUCAUUAGCCGAGUCCACCAUCGCCACCUUGUAUCUUUGGUUGGUUACAGCAUGUCAGAUACGCAAAGGCUGCUCAUUUACGAGUUCCUCCCAAAUAAUACCCUUGAGUAUCACUUGCAUGCAAAAGGGCCAGGAUUGGAUUGGUCUCAAAGACUGAAAAUUGCCAUAGGAGCAGCCAAGGGAUUGGCUUACUUGCAUGAAGAUUGCAACCCCAAAAUCAUUCAUAGAGACAUCAAGUCGGCAAACAUUUUGUUGGGUAGUGAUUUUGAGGCACAGGUUGCAGAUUUUGGCCUAGCUAGAUUGAAUGAUACAACUCAGACCCAUGUGUCAACUCGUGUGAUGGGAACAUUUGGGUACCUGGCUCCAGAGUAUGCUCAAAGUGGGAAGCUAACUGAUAGAUCGGAUGUGUAUUCAUUCGGGGUUGUGCUUCUAGAGCUAAUAACUGGGAGGAAGCCUGUGGAUUCAACUCUUCCCCUAGGUGAUGAAAGCCUGGUUGAAUGGGCUCGUCCACACUUGAUGCACACGAUAGAGACGAGAGAUCUUGGUGAACUAGUUGAUCCUCGACUAGAGAAGCGGUACGUGGAAGCAGAAAUGUUGAGGAUGAUCGAGACUGCAGCUGCCUGUAUUCGCCACUCUGCUCCCAAGAGGCCAAGAAUGGUGCAGGUGGUGAGAGCUUUAGACAACGAGGAAAUAGGAGACCUUACCAACGGGAUGAAGUAUGGACAAAGCACGAUAUAUAACUCCGGCCAGUACAACGAAGAGAUAAUGAAGUUUAGGAGGAUGGCACUUGGUUCAGACGACAGUGGGGAGUUUGGUUACAGCACCGGGGAUUUCUCCACAAGAGACAUGUCUUACGGAGCACAUACAACCAAUUCCACAGGGGAAUACUCCAGUAGCGGGGAGUUGGAAACUCGAGCUAUUAACAGACCUUCGUCGAGAAAUUGGUAAAAGAAGAUAAAACACUCCAAUUAUCAUUCAUUCUGGUGGCAAAAAAGAAUCAGAAAGCUAAUGUUAAUCAAGUGCACCACCAUCUAGUACUUCAGUUCUCCCCCAAGCAUCAACAUUCUUUACUCUGUUCCCUCCAUGCUCGUCGAAAGCUUGUGGAAAUGUAAUUUUUGGGCAGAACGCAGUUUUCUCCUGAUCAUCAUCUACCUACAUAUCUAUCUACCAGUACAAGAUGAUUGUGAAGUAGAGACUAAAAAUACAAAACGAGGAACAAACUACAGCGGUCAUGUGUUAUUGAACCCAAGUGCUAAACUAAACUCCUGAUUCUAUGUUGUGAACUGCUCUUGCUUCUUCUUCCUCGUAUGUUCUGUUCUGUAAAGAAACCCUUGAGUUCACAUCGUACUCAAGAUUUUGAAGAAACUGAAACUAGACCAAUUCAGGAAAACAAAUGGAACUCGUUGUUGAUACUUGUAUCCCAUAUCAUCUAUAAGAUACUUGUUUCCCUGGAAGAUAAGAUGAUGAUCAGUUGUUGUAAAUCUAUUUAACUUUCCGGGGAACACAGUAGUCUCAAUGGUACCUCAACCCAGAGAAUGUUUAGAACAUGGCCAUCAAAGUUGGUAAUGUUGCCAUCUACAACUAGAUUUUUGUAAGUAGUUCUGUCCAAUCUCUGCUUAGCCUUUAAGACCGCUCUUGGGGAAGGGCCUUGUUUCUUCAGGAAGUUCUCCUCGUACAUGGAAAAAGACCAUUUCUACACAUCUGAGACAAUUUACUUGUUGCCCAAGGGAGAGGAGCACCUUUUAGAGUAAGAUAAACGUUACUUAAUAAUUUUAUAUUUUUUCGUCUAAUAGGAGUUAUUAUUGACUUAUUUCUCUUUUUUUGUUUUGUUUUGUUUGGCCAUUGUGUUUCUAUUACAAACAUCAGUUGAUAGUUACCUUUUGAUUCAUGAGUGAAGAGUUAUGGGAAGGUAUCAAGUAAUCUUAUGAUAAGUAACCAUGAAUAACCCGUUCACAUCAGGAUGACAUCAGUAUACAUCUCUCUCUAGGAAAGUCUGUUAUGUUUUCUCCUUUAAUCUUUAAUGGACGAUUUCUCUCUCGUUUUAAGUCGAAAUUUAAAUUUUUUUGCACAAAUAAAUCAGAUUAAAUGUG